AGACAGCCAACCUAUGUCUUCAGAGAAUACUAUGUAUGUCAUCGUUCAGGAUCUAAAAGAGUACAUGCUGGUGUUGUUCUAGGUGGUGCUUCCGGCCAGGUACGCGGCUUGCAGAAGAGAAGCAAGAAGAUCAACUGCCCAGCCACUUUGAAGGUCGUCUGUUUGCCAAGUGAUCCUUCAAUGGUUACAAUUACUCAUUCUGAUAACCACAACCAUGAAGUUGGAAGUAGCGAAUUGUCAUUUUUACCUGUAUCAGUCUCCGUAAGGGCUUUGGUCGAGGAGCGUCUCCGG